AUGGAAAUAGAAUUUCAAAGACAACUUCGAAUCGCAGCAUCAUUUGCAUGCGCCUGUUUGAAUUAUAUAAGUGGUGGAAGCAUUUACUUGUUCUCUUUGUAUGCGCCGCAGUUAGGAAAAGAAUUGGGAUAUAAUCAAGUGCAGCUAUCACUCGUUGGAUCAACGGGGGAUAAUGGAUUGUAUUUAAUGGGUCCAUUAACUGGUCCAAGAUGGUCGUGUCUUUUAGCAGCAUUUGGUAUUUUUUUCGGCUACACCUUGAUGGGUUUCACCUUUAACCACACUUUGCCAAAUUCUUCGUUUAUUUUAAUGGCAAUAUAUUAUGGGUUGGUCGGUUCGGGAUUAAGUUUUUCCUGUAUGUCGGCUCUUAACAUUGUUGCGAAAAAUUCCGAGAAUCACCGUGGUACUGCAUUGGGUAUCCCUUCGGCUUUUUUCGGUCUUUCUGCAUUCUUAUUGUCAGAAUACAGUAAAAUAUUUCUUGCUGAUAACGAAGGGAACUUAAAUGUAUAUAAAUUACUUUUAUCCCUGGGAAUUGCAUUCGGUAUUAUCAAUUUAAUGGCUGUAAUGUGGCUUCGUAUUGUUCCAUCACGUGUCGAAGAAGAGGUUAUAGUGGACACAAAUAGAAAUGAGCAAACUCCUUUAUUGACACCAACGAACACAGCAAUAACAACAUAUAAUAAUCCAUCCUCAAAUACAAAUGCAUAUUCAUUUAUUGAUGAUCCAUCAGCGUGGCUUAUGUGGUUUUCGUUUCUGUAUUACUACAAAUUUUAUCAUAAAACAUCACGAUUAUUAUUCUGGAUUAUUGCCGCUACCAUUUUUCUCUGUUCACAAUUAUAUGCUGCGUUCGGACUAGCAUUGUUCGGUUCUCCAGAAAAGGCAUUAGGUACUCUAUGGAUAGUGUCGAUUAGCACAGGCUUUUCAUAUGGUGCAUUUUUUAGUUUGGGGCCGACUAUUGCCAGUGAAUUGUGGGGUUUGUUAAGAUUUGGUAUUAAUUGGGGGAUAAUGGUUUUGGCACCUGCAGUUGGUGGAUUCUUGAUGAAUUUGAUUUUUGGCAUUUUGUAUGAUUAUCGUGCGAAAAAACAGUCAACUGGUGGUGAUUUUGAUCCUGCUACUGUCGACACCACCAUGCCAUCUGAGGUUUCAGGAUUUGAAACUAUACGUGGAUUGGGCUGUGGUGGACCACAAAAGCAUGACUUGACAAAAAGGGAAUCAAACCAAGGUUGGAUGCUUAAGGAUUCUUGUCUGUGUAACAGUCCAAAGCAAACGAAUAGAAUCAUCGAAGAUAGUUAG